ACGUGACAGGGCCGUCCGGCCCCGCUCGCGCAGUCGUCCGGGCGAGCGAAGAUGGCGGCCGAGAGGGAACCUCCUCCGCUGGGGGACGGGAAGCCCACCGACUUUGAGGAGCUGGAGGAAGGAGAAGACUUGUUCACCAGCACUGUCUCCACCCUAGAGUCAAGUCCAUCAUCUCCUGAGCCAGCUAGUCUUCCUACAGAAGACUUUAGUGCAGACUCCAAUGGUCCCAAACCGGCCGAAGCUGUGCUAGAUGAUGACAGAGAAGAUCUUUUUGCAGAAGCCACAGAAGAAGUUUCUCUGGACAGUCCCGAAAGGGAACCUAUCCUCUCCUCAGAACCGUCUCCUGCAGUCACGCCUGUGACGCCUACUACACUCAUUGCACCCAGAAUUGAAUCAAAGAGUAUGUCUGCUCCUGUGAUCUUUGAUAGAUCCGGGGAGGAGAUUGAAGAAGAAGCAAAUGGAGAUGUUUUUGAAAUUGGUGUAUCAGAUCCAGAGAAAGUUGGUGAUGGCAUGAAUGCUUACAUGGCAUAUAGAGUAACAACAAAGACUUCUCUUCCCAUGUUCAGUAAGAGUGAAUUUUCAGUUAAAAGAAGAUUCAGUGACUUUCUUGGUUUGCAUAGCAAGUUAGCAAGCAAGUAUUUACAUGUCGGUUAUAUUGUGCCACCAGCUCCAGAAAAGAGUAUAGUAGGCAUGACCAAAGUGAAAGUGGGUAAAGAAGAUUCAUCAUCCACUGAGUUCGUAGAAAAACGGAGAGCAGCCCUUGAAAGGUAUCUUCAAAGAACAGUAAAGCAUCCAACUUUACUACAGGAUCCUGACUUAAGGCAGUUCUUGGAAAGUUCAGAGCUGCCUAGAGCAGUUAAUACACAGGCUCUGAGUGGAGCAGGAAUAUUGAGGAUGGUGAACAAGGCUGCCGACGCUGUCAACAAAAUGACAAUCAAGAUGAAUGAAUCGGAUGCAUGGUUUGAAGAAAAGCAGCAGCAAUUUGAAAAUCUGGAUCAGCAACUUAGGAAACUUCAUGCCAGUGUUGAAGCCUUGGUCUGUCAUAGAAAAGAACUUUCAGCCAACACAGCUGCCUUUGCUAAAAGUGCUGCCAUGUUAGGUAAUUCUGAGGAUCAUACUGCUUUAUCUAGAGCUCUGUCUCAGCUUGCCGAGGUUGAGGAGAAGAUAGACCAGUUACAUCAAGAACAAGCUUUUGCUGACUUUUAUAUGUUUUCAGAACUACUUAGUGACUACAUUCGUCUCAUUGCUGCAGUGAAAGGUGUGUUUGACCAUCGAAUGAAGUGCUGGCAAAAAUGGGAAGAUGCUCAAAUUACUUUGCUCAAAAAACGUGAAAUUGAGGCAAAAAUGAUGGUUGCUAACAAACCAGAUAAAAUACAGCAAGCUAAAAAUGAAAUCAGAGAGGAAAUUGAAGAGUGGGAGGCAAAAGUGCAACAAGGAGAAAGAGAUUUUGAACAGAUCUCUAAAACAAUUCGAAAAGAAGUGGGAAGAUUUGAGAAAGAACGAGUGAAAGAUUUUAAAACUGUUAUUAUCAAGUACUUAGAAUCAUUAGUACAAACACAGCAACAGCUGAUAAAAUACUGGGAGGCAUUCCUACCUGAAGCCAAAGCCAUUGCCUAGCACGAAGGGUCAAGAUCCUGUGAUCAUGGACCAGAACUGUCUUUAAGUUUCCUGUGGGAUACACAUUCUUCCAGUCUCUGCCAGCCUAUAACUGGCUGCUAAAACGAGAAAAGAACUCAUCACAGUUCUAUGCACAGAAAUUAUUGGUAGACUACCUACGGACUACAGAUAAUGUCCAAAUUAUCCAGAAUCUGGUCUCAAACUACUUUUCCUGCCUUGAUCUCACCCCUUACCUUCACCCAGCUUUUGCUCUAAUCACAUGAUGUCCCUGUCUUGUGAGCAUGCUGUCUCUCUUCUGGUCAUUGGGAUUGUUGAGGUUCCUUUGAGUUCCUUUUUCCCCGUUAUUAGUGAUUAUUUGAAUAGUAUCCAUUUAUUAAACUUGAAAGCCGAAAGUUCACAUCUUCCAUAUAUCCUUAGUCUCCUAAGGAAGGAAGCUCUCAUCUCUCAGGAGGACUCUAGUAACACUUUGCACCUUUCAACUGUAAUAUCUACUUUGCAUUAUAAUUGUCUGGUCCUACUGCUUUGCCCAGGUUUUUUGCAUCUUGAGGAAUGACUGCCCUUGUUAUUUCUUGUAGAGCCUGCUGUGGCACCGCCAAGAGAAUGAAGGAGUGACUGGGAACAUGGUAAUGCAUGUAGCCUGCCGGUUUGAACUCUGGCUCAAUCUACACCAUUGACUUUGAGCCCACUUAUUUUUCUCUAAAAUGUAGUUUCCUUAUCUGUAAACUGGAAAGUAAUCAUAGUACCUAAUUAGGUCUUCUUAAGGGGAUUAAGUUAAUUUAUAUGAAUUUCUCAGCAAGUGCCUAAUAAAUAUUAGCAACUAA